UGAGCUGAGAUCCGGCCACUGCACUCCAGCGUGGGUGACACAGCAAGACUCCAUCUCAAAAAAAAAAAAAAAAAAAGAAAGUGGACCUUGAGAAGAGGGGGUGGCCAAGAAAAGGUUCCUGAAGGAGGCAGGACCCAGACUGCAGGCUGGGGAGGGUUUGGGCAGCCAGAGGGAGGUGAGGGUGCUGGAGCGGGGGUCACUCGGUCACUCUGGCCGGAGAUCUGAGCGGCUUCUGCUCCCUCUGCGCUGUGGAGUGCAUCUGUUUGCCAGCCUCGCUGGACCGUUGAGAGGAUUCAUCGAGACCCUGGAUAUGAAUAUGCAGUGUGAACUGAAGUUUGGGGACAUGAGUAAUCAGUCACAGUGGCCCAAGAUUUGAGGUGUAAAUGGAGAAGUCAAUGAUUCGCUGCAGCUGUCUGGAACAGGCCUCAGCCAGCCCUCCGGAUGCUGGUGCUGCCAUCCCCCUGCCCUCAGCCUCUGGCAUUUUCCUCCGUUGAGACCAUGGAGGGCCCUCCCCGUCGGACAUGCCGCUCCCCAGAACCUGGACCUUCCUCCUCCAUCGGAUCUCCCCAGGCUUCAUCUCCUCCAAGGCCCAACCACUACCUGCUCAUUGACACUCAGGGUGUCCCCUACACAGUGCUGGUGGACGAGGAGUCACAGAGGGAGCCAGGGGCCAAUGGGGCUUCAGGCCAGAAAAAGUGCUACAGCUGCCCCGUGUGCUCAAGGGUCUUCGAAUACAUGUCCUACCUUCAGCGACACAGCAUCACCCACUCGGAGGUAAAGCCCUUCGAGUGCGACAUCUGUGGGAAGGCAUUCAAGCGCGCCAGCCACUUGGCACGGCACCAUUCCAUUCACCUGGCGGGUGGUGGGCGGCCCCACGGCUGCCCGCUCUGCCCUCGCCGCUUCCGGGAUGCGGGUGAGCUGGCCCAGCACAGCCGGGUGCACUCUGGGGAACGCCCAUUUCAGUGUCCACACUGCCCUCGCCGCUUUAUGGAGCAGAACACGCUGCAGAAGCACACGCGGUGGAAGCAUCCGUGAGCUGGGCUGCCGGGUGCCCCAGGUACCACAGGACUUUGCAGGGAGCCUGGACUCCUGUCCAGACACCUGGUGAGAGCCCGAGGCUGGUGUUCAGGGCCCCGGACACAGACACAGAGCAGCCGCAUCUCAAAGGCAGAGCCCUGCCUGAAGGAGGAAUCCGUGAGUAAUCUUCAGGUCCUCCGUGUUGUGGAGCUGAGAUGGGAAUGAGCCCCUACACAAAAUGGAGUCCUCUAGCCUAAAGAUAUCAGCUGUUCCGUGGCAGAGCCUUGACUGGAUGCGGGUGGGGAGUGUCGUGUGUAAAGUCUCUGGCCUCAUAAAAGAUGGCUGUGGGUCAUCAGGAAUCUGUGCCAUCUUCCUGAGGCUUCUGUGCUGUUGUUGGGGAAGGGACCCCAGUCCUGCCUUCCACCCCCCAACCAGGCCUGAGACCGAUCAAACAAUAAACGCGUUUCCCACCCUGA